ACAUGGAGAGAAGGUCAGCACCAGGGGCGGACUGACCAUUUGGAAACUCGGGCACUGCCCGAGGGCCUGGGGUCAGUAGGGGGGCCCCAUGAGAUGCCCCUGGUACCUUUUUCAUAGGCUUUUUUUACUUUGGGCAAGGACACAGGGGCCCGAUGAUCCCUUAUUGCCCGGGGGCCCCAUGAGUUGUCAGUCCGCCCCUGGCCAGCACUCAAAAAAAGUCCAAGUUGAAAUUUUCACUGAACAUGGAUGAGGGAACCGGGUGAUUUCUGAAAAAGAGAAAUUUGAAAGCAAUUCAAAUAUACUAUACUUACCUGUUGAGUGCAGUGGUUUUGCACAG